GUUUUCAAACAGCUGGUAAAUGCGCCAAAUUCUUAGACACAACAACAGCUUUGCGUUAAAAAUUUAUAUUUUCGAUCUAGUGCUGUCCAUUGAAAUUGUUUUGUGGCUUGUUUUAUGUUUUUCUGACAAAAUAAAAAUUUGUAAAAGAAAACAAAAUGUCUGAAGACUCAGACUAUCUCUAUGCAUUGGAAAUGCAAAGACGUCUCAAUGCUCUGGAUGGUGAGGGCGACAGUGACAUCGAGGAAGUAGACUUUAAGAAGCCACCAGCGGUUAAAUUCGAUGCCUCCAGCAAAAAGCCAUUACAAAUUAAACGUAGUAAUCCACGUUCUAAUUUAGAUGAAGACUUCCUUAAUCGCACACAGAAUCUGGUACAUCCCCAAUGGGAGACACUGGAUCCAACUCCCGACAUAUUCUCUUUGUUCGGGCAAUUCGAUACGCGCUUCUUUCAGAGCCGUUUGAAAUGUGUCACUCUGGAAUGGAGUAAACGUAUGUACAGCUGUGCUGGAAUUUGUUACUCCCGAAGAAAUAGAUUUGGCAUGGACAUUACCAUACGCUUGAGCGAACCCUUAUUGAAAUUGAGAUCAAGGAAAGAUUUAGUGGAGACCAUGUUGCACGAAAUGAUACACGCCUAUUGCUUUGUACUUAAUAUACGUGAAGGUAAUGGCGGGCAUGGGCCAAAUUUCAAAAAGAUUAUGAAGGGCAUAAAUAUGGUGGCCGGCACAAACAUAACUGUGUACCAUACAUUCCAUGACGAAGUGGAACUUUACAAACAACACUGGUGGCGUUGUAAUGGCAUCUGCCAGGAUAGAUCUCCCUUUUUUGGCUAUGUGAAGAGAACAUCUAACCGAGCACCUGGUCCCAAUGAUCAAUGGUGGGCAAGUCAUCAUGCAUCCUGUGGAGGUACUUUCAUGAAAAUAAAAGAGCCAGAGAAAAUGAAAAAGGGGAAGUCUUCGAAUAAAGAAAAAGAAAAUGCUUCAAAAUCAACGGCAGGAUCUGCAGAUUUACGUAAGUUUUUUACACCAAAGACAACAACAACAACUACUACAAAUGUCAAGGGUUUUGGAAAUUUAAACAAUGGCUUCAAAGGUCCUGUCAAAACCAAUGGUGGGGGUACAAUGCUAUUAAAUCCUAAAACCAAAACUUCCACAGCAACCAAUAACAACACCGCCACCAACAAGGCGCCCACAUCUGCCAUUGCAAAAGCUUUUCCACCCUCGUCUUAUCCAGGCUUGUCCUCUGAUCCUUUCAAUGUAAAUUUAAAUACGAGUACUACGGCAGCUUCACGAAAUACCGGCACUUCUAGGGCUAUACCCCCUGUGGGUAAUUUACGCAACGUUGUAGGCUUUAAAGAUAUUGGGGGGUUGGGUGGUUCUUCCUCUGGCAACGGAAGUGGCGGCGGCAAUCCUGGUCGUGCUGUAUCUGGUUUUAAAAGCAAUGCCAACACAUCUGGUGAUUGGGGCCGUGGCAUGUCCUUGACCUCGAGCACAAGCGGCUCAGUAUCAAGCCCUGAAGCAGAGGUUGAUCGAAAGCAUUUGAGAGAUGUUUGGGCUAAACGCUUUGGGGGUGGUGUUGGCAAUGGUAGCGGUUCGAAAUUUUCUUGGGAUAAGAGGACAAGUAACGAGAAGCCUACAGGAGAUGCCAAACGACGUCGUAUAUCUAAUGAUGGCAGCUCUUCCGAAAAUCCAAUUUGCUAUGUGGCUGAUGAGAAUGUAUCGAAAGACACUUGGGAAGUGGUGGACGAUGAUGUCAUGCUGCAGGAUCAACCACAAACUGUUAUUACAUUGUCUUCAGACGAUGAUGAUGAUGAUGACAACGACGGCAACGGAGAUUCAGAUAACGAGUCAUACAAGCCAAAAAUCAAUAAAAACAUGACCAUGGAUCAAAGACAGACAAUGAUUAAGAAGGAAAUAAUGGAUGAAUCCAUAGAUUUAUGUGGUGACGAUAUAGAACUGAUCGACGAUGAGUACGAUGAUAACUUUAAUGCUGCAACUGAACUAGCCGAUACGAGUAUCAUUGAUGAGUUCUUUGGCGAAGAUACUCUGUUGAAGGAAUUCAAAAGAGAGAAUGAUUGCAAGCCAUCAUCCUCACGUCAUCAACUUGAUCCCGAUAGUGAUAUAAUUACCUGCCCCAUUUGUCAGGGCAAAAUGGCUAGGGCUGUUUUUGCGGAACAUCUCAAUGGUUGCACUGGCAUUGCUAGGAAAAUUAACUUACCCUCUAAGAAAGCUUUGAAAUCGCUUGCAGCUACCUCCAAAGAGGCAAGACCCAAAAGACCAGCAAAACCUUCGUUUCAUUCCACACGUGAUAUUUUGCGCAAUGCCGGUUACUCUGAAGCUGAUUUGUCUCAAAUCCACACGGCCAGCAGUAUGAGUGAGGACGAAGAAGAGGAGGAGUUUCUCCAAAGAUCCGGCAUUAAAACAAAGCGCCAUAGCAACAAAAACAAUGCGCCAACCAACUCCUCCUCACCGCAAGAUUUGAAUUCCUCUUCGGAAGAUGAGAAUACCCGACGUCAUCGUUUGCGCAAUGUCUACAAAACUACCCGGCAAUGUCCGGUGUGUGCCCAAGAGAUAGAGGAGGAAGAAAUGAAUGAGCAUCUGGAUGAGUGUUUAACAAGUAAACGACAUUAGCUACAUCGUCAUAGAAGUAACUUAUUUAUUAUAAUAUUAAUAUUAAUCAAUAAUAUCUUUGAGUUAAAACGGAAUUUUUAUAUUUUUAUUUGUUAACCUUACAAAAUAAAUCUUUGUUGUUUGUCUCGUA